AUGGAUAUGUUUCUAUUUGCCCUUGGAUGUUUAAUAUUUAUAUGUUUUAUCUUACAUCUAUAUACCCGACAAGUUCAACAGCAAAUCAAAGAUCCACAUCAUCGAGCAUUUCAACAAGUAUUUUUAUUUGUUUAUCUAUUAGCACUUGCUGGUGAUUGGCUUCAAGGGCCACAUGUUUAUGCUUUAUAUGAAAGUUAUGGUAUUCAAAAACAUGAAAUUGAAAUACUUUUUAUUGCCGGAUUUGGUUCAUCUAUGUUAUUUGGUACAAUAGUAGCUUCGUUAGCUGAUAAAUAUGGUCGACGUAAUAUAUGUUUUUUAUAUGGAAUACUCUAUGGAGUAUCAUGUGUAACAAAGCAUUUUCCAAAUUUUCAAAUAUUAUUUGUUGGACGAUUACUUGCUGGUAUGGCAACAUCAAUAUUAUUUAGUGCAUUUGAAUCAUGGUUAGUUAGUGAACAUCGACAUAGAAAUUUUGAAUCUGAAACAUUAGGAAUAGUAUUUGCAAAUGCUUAUUUUGGAAAUUCAGUUGUUGCUAUAUUAUCAGGAAUUAUUGCUCAACUUGCUGCAAAUACAUUUGGAUAUGUAGCUCCAUUUGAUACAGCAAUAAUUACAUUUAUUGCACUGUGUUUUUUAUUAGCAACAACUUGGUCAGAAAAUUAUGGUGAUGCUAAUGCACCUAUUUCUCAAUCAUUUUUAUCAGCUUGGAAAUCAAUUAAAUCUGAUCGAAAAAUCUUUCUUUUGGGUAUUGUACAAGCACUUUUUGAAGCAUCAAUGUAUGUAUUUACACUUGAAUGGACACCAGCAUUAACUCAAGUAUUAAAUACUGAAACUAUUGAUAAAACAGAUAGCAAAAAUCCACCAAUUCCACAUGGGUAUAUUUUUGCAAGUUAUAUGGUAGCAAUGAUGAUGGGAUCAAAUUCAUUUAAAGUUUUUUGUAAUUAUACAACGCCAGAAUCAUUUAUGAGAUAUAUUAUUAUAAUGUCGGCAUUUUGCUUGAGUGUACCAGUUUUUUUGCCUCAAAAUCAAAUAGUAAUGUUUAUUGCAUUUCUAGUAUUUGAAUUUUGUGUUGGUAUAUUUUGGCCAGCAAUGGCAACAAUGAGAAGUAAAUAUAUAUCUGAAGAAGCUCGUGCUACUGUUAUGAAUUAUUUUCGCAUUCCAUUAAAUUUUAUCGUUGUUGUGAUACUUCUAAAAGAUUUCCAUUUAAAAGUUAUUUUUGUGAGUUGUGUAUUUUUCUUGGGUCUAGCUGCUACAGCUAUGUUUUUAUUACAUCAAUUAUCACUUCAUACGAUUCAUUCAUUUUCGCCUGUUAAUAAAUUAUUAACUGAACAAGAAGAAAAAAUGUUACAAGCUAUGAAUUCAUCAACAGAUGAAAAUGCAAAUAAAAAUGAACCACUGAGAAGUUCUACGUCUUAA